AUGGUGAACGAGUUCGAAAAAGCCGCUACAUCAAUAGCUUCGAGUAUUCAAAUCAGCUCAGAAGACUAUCUGGUCAUGCAGGUCGAGGGACAAGGACUAGACGCUGGCCAACGUGUGGUUGAGCUAACCAGCCCCCUUGCAAUGGCCGGAAUCUCCAUAUUCUUCAUAUCAACGUAUUUUUCCGAUUAUAUCAUUAUCCCCAAGCGCUCAAAACAGCAAGUCACAGAGACAUUCGCCGAGCGAGGGUUUAACGUCGACGAAGGACCCCCCGAUCCCGAAGGUGGUCGACGAGGUUCAUCUCCAAUUAUCCACGUACCCGGCUCCAGAUCAGAUACUCCGCCUCCAUGUAGCGUAUCGGAACUGCAGUUACGAACAUUCGCAACUCUUCAGCAACAUCUUAUCCGGCCGCAGGCUGAUAGCUCCCUGCGUCUUGUACAAUGUGCUGCACAUUAUAGGGAAUUCACAGGGACAAAGUCCUACUCAAUCCUCCGACCUAACUUGAUAUCCGCCCUCCUCAACGAUAACCCUCGGUUCUUUUCCCUAACAAUCGCCGCCUCCGACCCUGCGCCAUCUUUACUCCUGGAAGAGCGGCUGUUGCCUCGGUUUUCUCUACCUAGUGACCCUGAUAGGGAGCCAUCGUCACCGGUAGAGGAGGAUACCAACUUGCUGCUAGGCUCGAAGGACGAAGUUCUUAUUGCCAUCACCCUCGACUUGCGGGAACUGCCCCUUGAAGCUUCUGGGAUUGUCUCGGGGGUGGCUAGUGCACUUGUAGCAGGCACACGCAGAAAAGAUGGAGCAGAGGGGGAAGUCCAUGAAGAUCUGGAAACUAGUUUUCUUAGCACAGCUCGUGCUGGGAACGUUAUAGUCCGUGAAGAGGACCUGGAGCGGGCAAUGGAGUAUUUGAAGGCUGUAUUGUAG